UUACCAGAGCCUCUGCGAGACAGCAGCGAAACACACUCAUGACCCAGCACGAGCAGCCAGUCACUCCUCCGACAUGGACAAGUAUGAAAAGGUAAAGAAAAUCGGCGAGGGCUCGUUUGGCAAGGCCAUCCUGGUGAAGUCCAAACAGGAUGGGCACCAGUACGUCAUCAAGGAGAUCGGCAUAUCCGCGAUGUCGAGCAAAGAGCGGCAGGAGUCCCGUAAAGAGGUGGCCGUGCUGGCCAACAUGAGCCAUCCCAACAUCGUCCAGUACAAAGAGUCCUUCGAAGAGGGCGGCUGCCUGUACAUCGUGAUGGACUACUGUGAGGGCGGAGACCUCUUCAAGAAGAUCAACUCCCAGAGAGGAGCUCUGUUCCCGGAGGAGAAGAUCUUGGAUUGGUUCGUGCAGAUUAGCCUGGCGCUGAAGCACGUGCACGAUAGAAAAAUCCUCCACAGGGACAUCAAAUCUCAGAACAUCUUCCUGACGAAGGACGGGACCGUGCAGCUCGGAGACUUUGGGAUCGCGAGGGUGCUGAACAGCACCGUGGAGCUGGCCAGGACGUGCAUCGGCACGCCGUACUACCUGUCGCCGGAGAUCUGCGAGAACAAACCGUACAACAACAAAAGUGACAUCUGGGCCCUCGGGUGUGUCCUGUAUGAAAUGUGCACCCUUAAGCAUGCUUUCGAGGCGGGCAACAUGAAGAACCUGGUGCUGAAGAUCAUCCGCGGCUCCUACCCGCCCGUGUCGGGCCACUACUCCCCGGAGCUGCGUUCGCUGCUGGCGCUGCUGUUCCGGCGCAGCCCGAGAGAGAGGCCGUCCGUCGGCAGCAUCCUGGACAAGCCCUUCCUCUCCGGCAGGAUCGAGCGCUUCCUCACGCCACAGAUAAUUGCUCUGGAAUUCCGCCAAAUGUUUCUUCACAAGCUGCCGAAAGCGAGUUUGGUGCAGGAGACAGCCAAGCGUCCGGCCUCCACGCCGCUCGGCCAGAAGGUCACCAAACCCGCCAGCAAGUACGGCGUGCCUCUGACCGCCAGGAAGGCGCCGGCCGCCAGGAGACCGGCCGCCAAGCAUAAAGUGGCCCCUCCCCCUGCAGCCCCCCACAGAAGACUGAGUCAAGUGGAGGAAGAGAGGAGAAAACUCGAGGACGGCAUGAGAAAGAAAAGGAUGGAGCUGAUUGAAAAGGAAAGGAAACAGAGAGAGCAGGCGUUCCUGUUGAGAGAGGAUCAAAUGAAGAGAUAUGAAAAAGAAAAGAUGAAUCGUAUAAACCAGGCCAGAGAACAAGGCUGGAAACACGUCCUGAGUUCCAGUGGGGGGAGCAGCCCUGAGAGGAAGUGUUUUGCAGGUGGAGGAAAGGGGGCGGGCCCUUCAGCCUGUCCGCCAGGUAAACCCCCGUACGAGCACUACCACGCCGCCCUGGACCACAUGGCGCCGCCUCAAGCCCUCGGCGGGGAGGGCGGUCCCGUCCGCGUCCCGGCCGCCGCCGGUCCAGUUCUGCCCAACGGCGCCGCCCGACUCCUGAACUGCGACGUCAUCCGGAGGGAGCUGCAGCGGCUUCAGCACGCCUCCAAACCCGCCCACGUCAGCCGGUCGCGGGGUCACGCGGCGGCGGCCGGACGGGCUUAUCAGGUGGAGGAGUUCUUACAGCGCAAGAGGGAAGCCAUGAGCAACAAGGUCCGCGUCGAGGGGCAGCUGGGCGCUCGGCAAAACCCGGCGGCGACCUUCAGAAUCCGGACCGGUUCCGUCUGGUGCAGGAGACCCCGAGCCAACGAGGAGGAGCAGGAGUACCUGUCCAGAUUGAGGCAGAUCCGCCUGCAGAACUUCAACGAGCGUCAGCAGAUGAAAGCCCGGCUCCGAGGAGAGAAGUAUGACAGCGAUGGUUCCGAUAGCCAGGAGAACAGCGAGGAGGCGGAGCUCCGGAGGAAGAAGACCGAGGCUUUAAAAGCCCAGGCCAACGCCCGCGCCGCCGUGCUGAAGGAGCAGCUGGAGAAGAAGAGGAGGGAGGCUCAGGAGAGGGAGCAGAGGGCCUGGGAGGACCACCUCGCAGCUCGGGGGGUGAAGGUCGGCUCAUCAUCAUCAUCAUCAUCAUCAGCAGCAGCUUCGUCUGACGCUCCUCUUCCGGACCCGGCCGCCCCCUCCCCGCCGGCGGCCAUCUCCAUGACCGCCGCCCUGAAGAACGUGGGAGCGACGACGCCGCUGAAGGAAACGCCUCCGGAGAGCGCCGCGGCGGUCCAGCAGAGCGAGAAGAAGCAGAUUCUGAGGCGACUCAACCAGAACCUGAAAGCCCAGAGCGCGGUGGAGCCGGUGGAGCCGGUGGAGCCGCCUCGGUCGGACUCUGACUCGCGCCCCCCAUCGAACGGAGACCGUAAGAAGUGGGACGCAGCAGAACCGCCGGUGCUGCCCGCGGCUCAGCAAACCUUCGAGGGAACCGGAGCCUCGACCGCCACCUCGGCGUCUCCAGACGACGGACCUGCCGCCGACCGCAGGAAGUGGGAGGCGGGAGUUCCUCUGGUCCUCUCCGUCGCCCGGCAGACUCUGGAGGAGACGUACCUCGGCACCAUCGAGCUCACGGCGGGGGAGGGGAUCCCGAUGGCGGCGCUGCAGGAGGCUCACGGGGAGCUGUGGGGGGCGAGUCCCGACGCCCAGGUGCUCCGAGUCCUCUGGGAGGCGGAGCUUCAGCCGCUGGGGGACGGGAGCUCCAGCCCGGCAGCCGAUGUCGCGCCGCCGCCUGAAGAAGCGCCGUCCGCUCAGCCGGCGCCGCUCGCCUCGGCCCCGAGCCCGGAGGCCCGGCAGCAGAGCGCCGCAGAAACGUCUCCGGGGACGCCGCCGAACCUCGCCGAGGUCCAGGACGCGGCCGACGUGGAGUCGUUGGUUCUGGAGGAGACGCCUCGGCGGGCCUCGCGCCCUCCGGCCGCCGUGCAGCCGGCCUGGCAGCAGGAAGCCCCGCCUCCCACGCCACCAGAGGGCGCCACGAGACCCGCCGCCCCCACGGAGAGGCCGGCCGACCCGUCCAGUGCAGCCCCCCCCGAGGAGCCCCUGUUCAGCCGGCUGCGCUCCCCGGCCCACCGCCGCACCGCCGCCCUGCUGCUGCUGGCGUCCUCGGGGGACGAGUCCUCGUCUCUGGCCUCGCGCUCGCGCUCCGUGUCCCCGCUGCGCUCCAAGCACCGCGCCCUCCUGCUGGGCCUCUCCACGGGCAUGUUCGACGCCAACAACCCCCAGAUGCUGCGGACGUGCUCGCUGCCGGACCUCAGCCGCCUCUUCAGCCGCCGGCCGGGCGCCAUGGCGACGGGCGGCGGGGACAACCUGGAGCUGGAGGACCUGGAGGACCUGGAGGACGACGAGCAGUCGGAGGCCGAAGAUGCGUAUGAAGACGAAGACCUGCGGGACAUCCGGGCCUCCAUGGAGCGGCUGCUGCAGGAGGAGGGCGACCUGAUGAGGAGGAGCUCCCUGCAGGCCGGAGGAGGCGACUUCAACGGGAACCCUCCAGAGGAGGAGGAGGAGGAAGAGGAGGAAGAGGAGGAGGAAGAGGACGAGGAGGAAGACGACCGGGUGUUGUUCCAGAGGAUAGCCGCGGAGAUCGAGCAGGACGGCAGCCAGAUGGCUGUCGACGAUGAUGAUGAAGAGGAUGAAGAGGAAUGCUCUAAUGGGAGUGGCGGUGAGGAGGAGGAGGAGGAGGCGGGGCUUCUCACCAACGGCGUGGGAGAGCACCUCCAGCUCAACGAGGAGUGGCAUUCAGACGGCAGCGGCGAGGAGCCGGGCGGCGAGGCGGCGCUCCACGACAGCAUCUACAGCCGGCUGGAGGAGCUGCGCGUCCACCUGGAGCAGCAGGUGGGCUUCGAGAAGUUCAUCGAGGCCUACAACAAGAUCAAGGCGAUCCAUGAGGACGAAGACGAGAACAUCGACCUGGCCUCCAGCUUGGUGCUGAGCAUCUUGGGCACCGAGCACCAGCACCUGUACCCCAACAUCCUGCACCUGGUGAUGGCCGACGGGGCGUACCAAGAGGAUAACGAUGAGUAGCCCUCCUGCUGUGAGCUCUGCAUGUCGUCUCUUCUCACCGGAGUGCUUUACUUAAAACACGAUGUCACUUCAACGCUCUGCUGACUGUGAAUGAAAGAAACGCACGUGUUGUUGUUGUUGUUGAGCAUAAACGACGUGUAUCUGUUCGGUUUGGACGGUGCGGUGGCAUUUUAUUUUGGCGGGCAAACAUCUGGUCCUCUCAGGUGCUCUCUCCUCCUCUUUGACCACAGAUUAACCCCUCACAGCCCCCCCCCCCCAUUAACCAGCCCCCCCCCCCCCCCCUUCACGACCAGCUGAACCUCUUUUCUCACGACUCUUUCCACCGACUUCAAUGUGAACUUCAUUUCCACGUCUCUGGAGUCGGUGGAUUUCAUUUGACGUGACGUAGCGGAACUGAAGAUAAUAAUAAUAAAUAGUAUUUGAUUAUAAAUAAAAUAUUGUAAAUCUUUAUAUGAAAUAAACACUUUUUUAAGAAGC